ACGCACGCGUCCCAUACCUGCAUAGAGCUCCCAGUAUUCUUGAGGACCGUCCGGUAUCGAACGUCGCAAUAUCCCGCACGCACUGCACCAAGACGGAGCCGAUACCGAAAAUAAUUCACAUCCCUUCAACCAAAAAAUAUUAUAAAAUCCAGGAUUUUGCAACCAUUAAUCGAAAUGUUUGUCAAAAGAAUGCGUCCAGUAAGGUUCCUCCCCCUUCUGUAUGCAGUUUGCCAUCUGACCCUGGCUUUCCCCGCGCAAACAGGAUACUCAGAAGAUGACAACCGACAACUCCAGGUCACCAUCUCCAAGGCAACCCCGAUCUCCACUGCACACCUGGGAGGCUCCAUCACAAUCCCCUGUCUGGUGUCCAUGUCCCCUGGGCCCCCCUCGUCCUCCUUGCCCCCCAUCCUGCCCCGGGUCAAGUGGAGCGUGUUGCAUGAUGGGGAGCAGGAGGAGACAGAGAUCCUAGUGGCGCGGGGUCAAAGGGUGAAGGUCAACGAGGCCUACAGAGAACGAGCCUCCCUGGUCAACUUUGCAGACUCGCCCGAGAACCUCUCCCUCUGGCUGGGGGAGCUGCGCUCAACAGACACAGGGCACUACCGCUGCGAGGUGCAGCAGGGCCUGGACGACGCCAGUGACUUCACACAGAUCAAGGUCAAAGGUGUGGUCUUCCACUACAGACACGCCUCUGGCCGCUAUGCAUUUUCGUUCAGUGAGGCCCAGGCGGCGUGCGAGGGCAUUGGGGCACACAUCGCUACUCCCGACCACCUUCUGGCAGCCUACUACGAUGGCUAUGAGCAGUGUGACGCCGGCUGGCUCGCUGAUCAAUCUGUCAGAUAUCCAAUCCAAGUUCCCCGGGAAGGUUGCUAUGGUGACAUGGAUGGCCGCCCAGGAGUGAGGAACUAUGGGACGCUGGAACCAGAGGAACUGUUUGAUGUGUAUUGUUAUGUGGAGCAUAUUGAUGGGGAGGUGUUCCAUGGCUCUGCCCCAAAGCAGCUGUCAUUGGAUGAGGCUUGGGCGUACUGCGAGAAGGAAGGGGCAAAGCUGGCUACCACAGGGCAGCUGUACAUGGCGUGGAGUGAGGGUCUGGACCGCUGCAACCCUGGCUGGCUGUCUGAUGGCAGUGUGCGCUACCCCAUCAUCACCCCUAGAGAGCGCUGUGGAGGGCCUCAGGCAGGGGUCAAGACCCUGUAUCGCUACAGCAACCAGACAGGCUUCCCAGAAUCAUCCAGCCGCCAUGAUGUUUACUGUUUCAGAGGUAAUGGGAAUCCUCACACUGAUGCCCCCAUGGACUACAUGGCCACUGAACCAGAGGACAUCGGACAAGAUAUUGUCGUUAUUAUGGAGCCUGCCGAGGAGCUCCAUCUGAGCCAGGAUCCAGAGCAAAUGGAGCGAGAGGCCCAGAGUGUCCUGGAAUCCCUCCCUGUCUUUCAGUCAGCUCCUGCUCGGGAGGACCUGCAGGGGACUCCCCCUACUGCCAUGUUAAGCACAGAGGUCCCACUCACCCGUACAGCCUCCACCCAGGACCUCCUCCAGCCCUUUGAUGAGACUUCACUUCCUGUAGAAGAAGACUACCACUCCCAAGAUCCUACUUCACUACCCAACACCUCCAGUGAGCCAGACUCCCUCUCCGAAGGAGACUAUCAUUCCCAGCAUCCUACUUCACUACCCAACACCUCCAGUGAGCCAGACUCCCUCUCCGAAGGAGACUAUCAUUCCCAGCAUCCUACUUCACUUCCCAGCACCUCCAGUGAGCCAGACUCCCUCCACGAAGGAGAUUAUCACUCCCAGAAUCCUACUUCACUACCCAGCACCUCCAGUGAGUCAGACUCCCUCCACAAAGGAGACUAUCACUCCCAGCAUCCUACUUCACUUCCCAGCACCGCCAGUGAGCCAGACUCCCUCUCCGAAGGAGACUAUCAUUCCCAGCAUCCUACUUCACUACCCAACACCUCCAGUGAGCCAGACUCCCUCUCCGAAGGAGACUAUCAUUCCCAGCAUCCUACUUCACUUCCCAGCACCUCCAGUGAGUCAGACUCCCUCCACAAAGGAGACUAUCACUCCCAGCAUCCUACUUCACUUCCCAGCACCUCCAGUGAGCCAGACUCCCUCCACGAAGGAGACUAUCACACCCAGUAUACUACUUCACUACCCAGCACCUCCAGUGAGCCAGACUCCUUCCCCGAAGGAGACUAUCACUCCCAGAAUUCUAGUUCAUUACCCAGCACCUCCAGUGUGCCAGAGUCCUUCCACGAAGGAGACUAUCACUCCCAGCAUCCUACUUCAUUACCCAGUACCUCCAGCGUGCCAAACUCCUUCCACGAAGGCAACUCCAGUCUCUACCGGCUCGAGCUGGAAACGACCCCAGAAUUCCCAGAGCCGUCCUACGAGCCACACAGACAUUACCAGCCGAUGCCAGAGAUUAACCCGGAGGAACCCGACUACCAGCAGUCAGGAUCUUCCAAGCACUUCCAGCCGAUGCCAGAGACCAACCUGGAGUUGGAUCAACUGGAAGCCAACUACAGCACAACAGCAGGUAACCAGAGUCAUCGGGAGAAUGCACAAGAGACUACCACAAUGACCUUUGACCCCAUAGAGAAUGCUACCGAGGCACAUGACCCCACUGCAGAGAGGAGGCACAAAGAGGCGAUUGUGGGAGAACCUGAGGAGACAUCCAUCUCGACUGAGUCCCCGGUAGAGCUUGAUCCCCACCCAGUCUGGUCUACACUCUCCCCCCACGGAAAGGCAACCUCAGUGUGGUUGCCCCUGGAUGGAUCUGGAGAUGUGUCCCAAGAGAUAGACCUAGGUGUCCACCAGGGAAUCCACACAGACAGAUCCCCCACCUCUGAAUCCUCUGACUUCACCCCUCAAAUGUCUGCCUCCCCUGGAGCCACCAGCAUCCCCAGUGAGCAGCUGACAAGCGUUCCGCAUUCAAGCAGCAUCUCAUCUGGACUGGAUCAUUAUGAGGAGCUGGGACUGGAUGUGUACUCCACAGUAGCUGUGUACUCCACAGUAGGCCAUCCACAAGGAACCUCCCAGGGAACUUCCUCCGCUAGGCCGGAAGGCAGCACCAUUCUAGAUUUCGAGGGUAUCGUCAUUCCAGAGAGAUUGGAACCUUUAGGAGAAGUGAAGCUGACACUAGGGGAGUCGGAUGAGGAGCACCUGGGGUCUGGAGAGGGCAUAGCCACGACAGAGUCUCCAGACCUCUCCACCACCUCCCAGCUGCCUGUCGAGUUUACCACAAUGGGCUAUCAAACAACAACCAUGUCCAGAAUAGAGGUGGAUCCCACAACCAUGGACCCUGAAGAAGAUAGAAGUGGACAUGAGCCAGGCACUGAUGAACCAUCCCUGGGAGAAAAAGUUACCGUCUUCCCCCUUGAGUCGCAAACAACUAGCUGGGAUCUGCACCGCUCCACCUCUGCAUCCCAAGAGUCUCAGGAAGACCUUGAAUACAGCGGGGAACCCCCAUCCACCUCUUCCCAGACAGAGCUUCCAGACUCCUCAGCAGAAACUGAUCGGUUUGGGUCAGACUCCUUGUCCACCUCAAGUACGGAUCCCACCGCUGCCACUAUGUCCACAUCCACCAUGUACACAUCCACAGAGUGGGCCACACAGACCUGGAGCCCCACCACCUCCACCACACCAGGUCCCCCAGAAACAUCUGAGCCGGAGAGGGUGACAGCUCUUAUGCCCCCCGUGGAUGAGGGCCGGUUGGAUCUGGAAUUCGGCUUCACCCAGCCGCCCACCCUGCUCAUCUUGCCCAAUGAGAGGGCUGCUGUGGGCAGUGCCAGGAAGAUUUCAGAUGCCUGUCUGGAGGACCCCUGUGCCAACGGCGGCACCUGCGUUGAGAUGGGUGGGAGCACCACAUGCCUCUGUUUGCCCAGCUAUGGAGGUGACCUCUGUCAGACAGACCUGGAGCAGUGUGGGGUGGGCUGGCAAAAGUUCCAUGGGAACUGCUACAAGCACUUCAACCAGCGGCUGAUCUGGGAGGUGGCGGAGCAGCACUGUCGCAUGGUGGGGGGCCACCUGGUGUCAAUCAUGACCCCUGAGGAGCAGGACUUCAUUAACAAUAACUAUAAGGAGUAUCAGUGGACUGGACUGAACGACAAGACCAUCGAGGGGGAUUUCCGCUGGUCCGAUGGUAACCCAUUGCUCUAUGAGAACUGGUACAGGGGCCAGCCUGACAGUUACUUCCUGUCUGGAGAGGACUGUGUGGUGAUGGUAUGGCAUGAUGCCGGGCGCUGGAGUGACGUGCCCUGCAACUACCACCUGGCCUACACCUGCAAGAAAGGCACCUCUUCAUGUGGCCCUCCCCCCAAAGUCCGGAACGCAUCUGCGUUUGGCAAAAUUCGCCAGAGGUACGAGACAGACGCGGUUGUGCGCUACUACUGUGCCCAGGGCUUCCAGCAGAGACAAAACCCUCUGGUCAAGUGCCUGCCAGGUGGCAAGUGGGAGGAGCCCCAGAUCCUCUGCAUCGCUGGGGCAGGAAGCACAGCACAGAUAGCAGGAGUAACAUCACCAACCACAGGAAACCAGGAGCUGGCUGAAGAGGAAUCACAAACAACAAAGAAAACGCUUCAAUACUGGGACAUCAAGUGGAACUUUUAAAUUCCAUACCAUGUCCCAUUACACUUCAAUAGUUUUCUUUCCUCAUUGACCAGAGAUCUGAAAUGGCUGAACAUGUGAAGGCAAUAGGGUGAUAUUGAAGGAAAGGAGACAAGGAAAGAGUAUUGGGACACAUGGUCAGUCAGGCAUAACCUCUUCCAUUCCUACUCUCCUCCCCAAAGCACAUCGAUCUGAAUCUGUUGUUGGAAUAGCCUGGGCUUUAGGGUCUCUUGUAGCCCUACAUAGGAUGCCAUGAAUUGCAAUGGUGUGCUAGAACGCGGAACCCGGAACAUAUUCCGUGAAAAGUCCUUAGGCUUUCAGAAAAUCCUAUCACUGAGGCAUAUCUAUAAACCCUAACUCCUUGUCCAUCCAUCUGAAUUGUACAGUAUAUAUACAAAAGUGUGUGGACACCCCUUCAAAUUUGUCUAUUCGGCUA